AUGGAGGUCGCUGCCGGCAAGUCUCCACCUCUGCAGGCCGCUUCUAGCUUUUGGGGAGCUGGACAACGAGCACGUGGGCUUCUAGUGCCAGCGGUCUAUAGCGGUACUUGGGUACCUUCCUCGGCGAGGUCACGUGCACAGCUCAGCCGCUGGAGGCGCGGUUUUGCCUGUACCAAAAGGGGAAAAGCCAACGCAGGGCGAACGAAGCAACCUGUUCGCGGCCGGAAGCACAAUAGCAACAAGCAUCGUGGCACAGGUUGCGGUCUCGCACAAGCAGUAUCUCCUAUCAUUGGCGUCUCCUACGAAGCUACAGCGGUUUCCUCACUUGUUCUCGUCGCAUCGUUCCUGUUUGCAGCCUCACUCCCCCUAAACGCUCACCAGCCAAAUCUCCAAGAUCCCGUGCCCUUCAACCGACUCAAGCAGAUCGCCACAGAUGUGUGCAACAACGCCAUCGGCAGUGCGGAAUUCUAUGACCACGCAAAGACGGAGCAAUGGAACUCAACCAUCAUUAGCUCAAUGCUAAAGGCGCUCAUCUCCGAGGCCACUCCCCAGGGCCCCAACGGCGCCCCCUCAUACAAGUUUGCUUGCAACAGCACCAUUGUCCAGCAUCUGGUCCCCACGUCCGCGCUGAACAAGAGCCGCGGCGGCACCGACACCAAGUCUGAGGAGCCUCACGUGUCGACGAGCACGGAAGCCACCGCUACGGACGGCAAGCCCCAUGUCGGCCGACGAGGAAUGCACAGCGCAACUGGCGCAUACUGGGACGAGAAGAAGGACGGCAUGUGGACCUUCAAGUAUGACGGAGGCGAGGGCAAGGGCAUGGACGUGGUUAUCAUGCUGAUUUGGAUCGCUGUUUGA